AAAUAAGCAACAUUCAUAGCGAUCAUAUGUUCUCCGGGCAGUAUUUAAUCAAAGUGUACGUGAAAUUCUUCUUGUUUUUCCAGUUUCAAAUUAAAUUCUACAAAAAUUCAGAUUUGUUUAAAAUAGCACGCCAAACAAGAACACGCAAAGGAAAUUAGAAAAGUGUCGGGAGAAAAGUGCAAAUAAAUGAAAUUUCGUAAAUAUUACUAAGUCAAGGUCGCGUGCGACUCAGGCUGCAGAGAAACGUAUCCGUGCAGUUAAAACCAAAUCAAGAGCAGAUAUCUUGAAUGUGUGUUGAUUCACGCAAAGGGCAAUGCAGCAAAGACUGGGACAACUUAAACAGCAGGAGAAGCAGAUAAAUUAUACGUCACAAUUAACAUUGUUAAAGAAAAGCAACUUUAUUGUGUGUAACAAAAAAAUAACUACUUCCCCGGUUUCUUUUUAGUUAAUUAUUUUUAUUAAUUUGCAUUAAAAAGUAAACAGCAAUAAAGUAAAGUUGCGUCACCUGCCGGUAUAGGUGCUGAUUCAAGUUACGGUGCGGCAAGUACUUACAUACAUAUUUUACGCUUUCAAUCGGUGCUCGAACAACAAACACACAAAAGUGCAAAAUCAUGUCCACUACGCUGGAGGGAACACUUAGUAAAUGGACGAAUGUGAUGAAAGGUUGGCAAUAUCGCUUUUUCGUGCUGGACGAGAAUGCUGGCCUAUUGUCGUACUAUACGUCGAAGGAGAAAAUGAUGAAAGGUGUACGCCGUGGCUGCGUGCGCCUCAAAGAUGCUGUUAUCGGCAUAGACGACCAAGAAGAUAACACCUUCACAAUAACGGUGGAUCAUAAGACAUUUCACUUUCAGGCGCAACACAGCGAAGAACGCGAAAAGUGGGUUAGACGAUUGGAGGACACCAUACGACGGCAUGCGAAUCGCACUCGUCUGUGGGACAAUCAAAGCACUUUCUACCUUGGCGGCUAUCAGAAGGAUGUGGUAGGCAACAAACGUGCCAACCACUUGGAAUUGCUCGGUCGUCGUGUAUCGGAAGCGGACGCAUACUUACAGUUGAUCAUCGAGCAGACGAAUAAAAUCAACGAACGCAUUGAGAAUAUAACGGAUGUUGAGGAAAAGGCCAAGUGCAAAACGUUGCAGGAUAACGCUAAUGCCAUGCUGGACCAUAUCAAACACUCGAUUGUAAGUCUACAAAUUGCCAAAAAUAUGGCGCAUCCAAUCAAUGGCAUCUACAAUGGACCCAUAAUUACGAGCACCGGCAGCAACAGCGCCACCGCCAGUCCGACCAGCGCGAAUGCGGCCACAUCUGUUGGCGCAACUGGGGUUGCGGGCGCAAUGAAGGUGGCGUCACCUAUGGAUGCGGCAGCGAGUGGCAAGCUGGAUGCGAGCGGUGGCGAGGAGGAGGAGGAUUCCACCACGGAGAAUGGCUUAUUGCCGCAAACACUGCCACGUGCUGCUGCCAAUGAUGUACAUGAACUUGAAUGCCAAUGCAGCCAAUAUCAACAAUUACAACAACAACAAUAUCAACAAACACUCUACCGUUAUCAAUAUCCACAUCAAUACUACAACAACGUCGACAUGUCUGGCCCCAUCGCCACCAGCAUCGAUAUUGUUGACAUAAUCGCCGAUGGCAUUGCGUAUGGCACUGCGGCCGAUAUUGCCACCGGUGCGUUUGGUGCUACAACCGCUCCACUCGCUGUGGAUGUGCCUGAGACCUCGUAUUCCAGCAGCGAAGAUGAGGAAGAUUUCUACGAUGCAAAUGAUGAUCCAUUCACUAGUAUGGGGAACUCGCCGAGCUACGCCACGCGUGGCUUUUCCGUGGAAACCACAUCGCCAACAUAUGAAAAUGCACCGGAAGCACAACCACAAAAGGAUGCCAGCGCCAAGUCAUCCAUUGUCGAUCGUCUGGACGACUAUCAAACGGCAUUGACUACGGUAGCGGAAAACAUAACCGCUGGUGCGCCGAAAGGCGCUACUGCGUCGGCGUCGCAACGGUUAAGUGCCGGCGAUAAAACAUUCCAAAAAUACGGCGAUGACGAUAGCAUCGAUUACGAUGCACUGUACGAAGAGGAGGAAGACUCCACGAUCAGCAUGGAGGCGCAUGGUUCCAUGAUAUCACAUCUCAUAUCGCAAGUGAAGAUCGGCAUGGACUUGACGAAGGUUGUGUUGCCCACUUUCAUUCUGGAGCGACGCUCAUUGCUGGAGAUGUACGCUGAUUACUUUGCACAUCCGGAUCUGUUUCUGAGAAUUGCUGAGAUGGAGACGCCACGCGAACGCAUUGUCGAAACAUGUCGUUGGUAUUUGAGUGCCUAUCACGCUGGUCGUAAAAGUGCGGUAGCCAAGAAACCAUACAAUCCCAUAUUGGGCGAAGUGUUUCAAUGCCAUUGGGAUUUGCCAGACGAAACGCCCGAUGACAAUGUCGUGAGUGAUGGACCGGUUCCCUGGUGUCAUCGCAAUCAGCUGACGUUCUUAGCCGAACAGGUUUCGCAUCAUCCGCCAAUUUCCGCCUUCUAUGCUGAGCAUGUCAAUAAGAAAAUCACGUUUUCCGCGCACGUUUGGACCAAAUCGAAAUUUCUAGGCCUUUCAAUUGGCGUACACAAUAUCGGUGAAGGUAUUGUGACGCUGGUGGAUCACAGCGAAGAGUAUAUUGUCACAUUUCCGAAUGGCUAUGGCAGAUCUAUUUUAACCGUCCCUUGGAUCGAAUUGGGUGGCACAGUCGAAAUACGUUGCCCGCAAACCGGUUAUCACGCGACAAUUGAGUUCUUAACUAAGCCAUUUUAUGGCGGCAAGCGCAACAAAGUGACGGCUGAAAUUUACGCGCCCAACGAAAAGAAACCAUUUGCUUCGAUAGCGGGCGAGUGGAGCGGCCUCAUGGAAGCCAAAUGGCAUGAUAAAAAUAAAACUGAAGUAUUCGUAGACGUAAAUCGUAUUCCAAUAUUUAAGAAACAAGUUCGACCAAUCGUUGAACAAGAAGAAUAUGAAUCCAGACGCGUAUGGAAGGAAGUGACCGCGGGACUCAAGUUCAAUGACAUCGAAAAGGCCACAAAUGCUAAAUGUGCCGUGGAACAAAUACAACGUGAUGAGGCGAAGAAUCGCAAGGACACAGAGACACAGUGGGAGCACAAGUAUUUCCGCCCCGUUGGUGAUAACUGGAUCUACGCGAAGCCACUUAGCCAGCGCGUUUAUCAGCAAGAGAAGGAGAGCAAAAGAUAAUAAAGACGGCACGGCAAUCAAUCACAAGGCAGCGAAACCGAAACUCCGACGACAAGUAAAGAUAAAUUCGAAGAAGAACAACAACAAGAAGAAGAGUAAGACUAAAAAGAUUACAAGCAAAAUAGUGAAAUGUUAUAAAUGUGUGCGAGAGCAGCUGAAGAUGUGUGUGUGAGGUGCGAUUUAUUAAGCGGAAGCAACAAGCAAACAUACAUACAAACAAGCAUUCAUAUCAAAGAACGUAGCAACUUGAGAAGCGAGAAACGAGAAGCUUACGAUGAUGCAGAUCCCAAAGGCAAAGGAGGCGAAUGAAGCACAUACACACCAACACACGACUAUAAUUAAAGAUGCUGUCAUUGACUAUAUAUACUAUAUAUAUAUGUAUACGUAUAUGUAUAUGUAUAAAGUGGCCAAACGACGCAAAAGGACAACGAAGAUGUAUGUAAAGUGAAAAUAGAAAUAGAAAUGUUGUAAACGAAAAAUGAGACAAAGCUGUGAGGUACAAUAUUCCUGCACCCCUCGCCCCGCCCACAAGUACUUUCGUUCUCGAAGUACUUUUGGACAGUAUUAUAGCCGAUGGCACCUAACGGCAUUUCGUAGUUGUACCGUUAAGUGUACGAAUGUGUUGCGACGAAGUGGUUGUGUGACAAGUCGGAAGAGUUACGGACGCGCGCCGUUGUUAUACAUAGAGACAUGUGAACCAGUAGCUGUUAAGCCAAUGUUGCCGGAACAUAUAAAAAAAUCGUAUUAAAAAUAGGUUAAAUACAAAAUAAAAUUUACAAUUUACUUUAUGGAUGGAACCAACAAACUGAUAACCAAAACACAAUUUAAUAGCACUCGUAAGGCAUUUUAAGUGAAAUUGUAAAAGAAAAUUCAACUAAAAUACACAACCAAAACAAGAAAAAAAAUCUGCAAUAAAUACACACAAUACAUACAUACAUUUAGUAAAAGUGUAACGAAGCAAGUGAAAAAUAAAUAAAAAAUUAAAAAAAAAUUGAAAUUAAUUAAUGAAAACUUACAGUAAGAACAACAAUGUGUGCAUGCUUGACUUGUACACGUUCAUAUCGCUGCUAGUAUAUAAUGUAAUGGCAAAUAUAUAUUACAUAGAAGCAUAUGGGAAGCGGUUCAAAAACUAUAAAAAACUAGCUUGUAGACUUAAAUAAACACAUACAUACAUACAAACAUAUACAAAUAUAGCAAUUCUAUUUUUCAUAUGUGAGUCAAAGAGUAAAAUGUUAGUAAAUAAUCAAAAAUAAUCACUUGGUUUGCAAUUUUGCUAAAUUAGUGUAAAUAAUAUAAAUAUUAAUUUGAAAAAAAAUAAUGAUACUUAAAAAUUAAUUUAAAAAUAAUUAAAAAAAAUUUAUUAUGUAAUAAUAGCAAAAAAUAUUUUUUUAUAAUUAAUUUGAAAAAUAAUAAUUUCUAAAAUUCAUUUAAAAAAUUCACAAGAAAUAAGUUUUAAUAACUAAAAUUUAAUUAAAAAUUAUUUAAAAAUUUAAUUUAAAAAUUACAAUUUCUAAAAUUCAUUUAAAAAGUUCACAAAAAAAUAAUUUGUAAAAGUUAAUAAUUUUGUUGAAAAAAUAAUAAUUUUGUAGAAAAAAAACAAUAAUAUUUAAAAUUUAAUUUAAAAAAUUACCAAAAAACAACUUUAAUAAUUAAUUAAAAAAUAAUAACUGCUAAAAAUUCAUUUAAAAAAUUAAAAACGUAAUAAUUUUUAACAAUCAAUUUAAGAUAUUAAUACAAAAUAAUUUUUAAUAAUUAAAAAUUGUGUUGAAAAAAAUAUAAUUUGUAAAAAUUAAUUUAAAAAAUAAUGCAAAAUAAUUUGUAAAAAAUAAUGAAAAAUUUAAGAUUUAAAUACAGAAUAUCUCAGUUAAAAUAGCGCGCAUUAACAACAUUACAUAUAUAUAAAUUUAGCGCCGCAAUAAUGUCUUCAACUAAUUUCGAAACUUAGAAUUUAUUUAAAAAAAGAAUUAACUUUUUACUAAAAGCCUAAAUUACAUAUUCAAAACCUGCAACAACUAAUGUAUACAAUCAAAUUGUAUUUGUAAUAUACGCCACAUACAUACAUAGCUACAAAUAAUGGUUCUCAGCUAAACUACCGAAAUUAUGCCUUUUCCCACUUUACGCUUAAAGCCAACAAAAACAACAAAUUUUCAUUUUCAAAUACGCUUAAUACUCUGCGUAACUGUUUGCUGCCUGCACCACCAAGCAACUGAUUGCAAAAAAAAAGACAACUUCAAAAACAAUUUUUUUUUAAUAAAAUUAAUGAACCAAAAAAAAAUUUUUUUAAUUUUCUUAAUUUUUUUUUAAUUAAAUCUUUCUUAAAAAAUAUGGCCACAUUUUUAAAUAAAAAUAAAAAUAUAUAAAAUAUUUCAAGCAUCGAAAGCUGAAAAUUAACAACAGCAACAACAAAUGUGUCAUAUUUAAUUAAUAUUUUCACAAAACAAACCAGCAAGUCCUCCCAUAGUUCCAUGAUUUUAUUACAUUAAUGCAUAAUAUAUUUUAUUAACCACACAUUUGUAAACAAUUAACGUAAAAUUUAAUGAAUCACAUUUAUUUACACAUACAUACAUACAUACUAUGUAUAUUAAAUAUAUUCUAAGAAUAUCCACAAAGUUAACAAAUUGCAAAGGAAAAAAUAAAUAAAUUUAAACAACAACAAAAAAGCAUAUACAUAUAAUAACUAUAAAACACCAGUAAAGUCAAAAAUUAAACUAAAAUAUUAACGAACGCAAUCACAAAUAACGUUUGCACUUACGUUUAUGUAUAAAGAGAAUUAACGUUAAAAUGAAAUUAUUCCAACUUAACAAUUUAACAAGCCUAAAAAGACUCUAAUAACCUACUCACCACAACUAAAACACUAAAUUUCUCUG